AUUAUAAAGAACAAGAACCAAAGAUCAAUAUCAAGCACCAUACAUUGAUCAAAUGGAAGCUCAAUCUAUCAUUCUCUAUCUCUUACUCUUCUUCCUAUCUCUAAACUUCUUGUUUCAAACUCUAAAACAACGCCUGAGUCCGGCAAAUACACGACGGCUAAUCCGUUUCCUCCACUUCCCGCUCAAAUCCACCGCCGCAUCCGCCGUCUUCGCCAGACAAGAUGUCCACGAGUUUCUCGAUUCACCAACAACCCAAGCAGACAACAAGGAAGACGAUACCGAGUUCGACUUCAAACCCUACAUGAUAAGCAAAGCAGAGUCGAUAAACAGAGCACUAGACAAAGCCAUCCCGCUCGUGGACCCUCUCGACAUCCACAGGGCGAUGCGCUACGCCAUCCUCGCCGGCGGCAAACGCGUCAGACCGAUACUCUGCCUCGCGGUCUGCGAGCUGGUCGGAGGGGAAGAGCGUCUGGCGGUUCCCGCGGCGUGCGCGGUCGAGAUGAUCCACACCAUGUCGCUCAUCAAAGACGACCUUCCUUGCAUGGACAACGACGAUCUCCGGCGAGGGAAACCCACGACGCACAAAGUCUUCGGAGAGAGCGUGGCCAUUCUCUCCGGAGGCGCGCUCUUGGCUCUGGCCUUCGAGCAUCUAACGACGGAGGCUGACGUGUCACCGGAGAGGAUGGUUCGAGCGGUUAGAGAGCUGGCAAAGUCGAUAGGGACGAAAGGGCUCGUGGCGGGACAAGCGAUGGAUUUGAGCAGCGAAGGGUUGGGUCGAAACGACGUCGGGUUGGAGGAGCUGGAGUUUAUUCACGUUCAUAAAACCGGUUCGUUGCUUGAGGCUUCGGCGGUUAUUGGAGCGGUUAUGGGAGGUGGUUCGGAGGAAGAGAUUGAGAGAGUGAGGAAGUUCGCGAGGUGUGUUGGGUUGUUGUUUCAAGUUGUUGAUGAUAUUUUGGACGGGACUAAGUCGUCGGAGGAGCUGGGGAAGACCGCCGGGAAAGAUCAGGUCGCGGGAAAGCUGACGUAUCCGAAAGUGAUGGGACUUGAGAAAAGUAGAGAGUUUGUUAGGAGGUUGAGGAGAGAUGCGAGGGAACAUCUUAAAGGGUUUGAUUCGGACAAAGCCAAACCUUUGGUAGCUCUUGCUGACUUCAUUGCCAACAGAGAUAACUGAAAGUGCAUGCAGAAAUGAUAAUCAGACACUUUUGUUGUGGAGAUGUUAAAUUAUAAAUCAAAAUAUACAAUUGUGAAAACGGUUGAAAUUAGCUGUUUUAUUGGGACUUAAUUGGAUAUUUGUUCGUUUGUAAUGUAAAAUUACAUAAAAUAAAUGGUCAAUCUGAAAAUAAAGAUAGUGUUUUUGUUCUU